GACGCGGCUCUCAGUGGGCAGCGCAGCUCACGUCUGAGAGCACGUGCACGCCUCUCGCUUCAGGCUCGUGGUGGGGGCGCCCAAAGCCAACUGGCUCGCCAACGCUUCAGUGGUCAAUCCCGGGGCGAUCUACAGAUGCCGGAUAGGAGGAAAUCCAGGCCAGACCUGCGAACAGCUCCAACUGGGUAGCCCUAAUGGAGAACCUUGUGGAAAGACUUGUUUGGAAGAGAGAGACAAUCAAUGGUUGGGGGUCACACUUUCCAGACAGCCAGGAGAAAAUGGAUCCAUUGUGACGUGUGGGCAUAGAUGGAAAAAUAUAUUUUACAUAAAGAAGGAAAAUAAGCUCCCAACUGGUGUUUGCUAUGGAAUGCCCUCUGACUUACGAACAGAACUGAGUAAAAGAAUAGCUCCAUGUUAUCAAGAUUAUGUGAGAAAAUUUGGAGAAAAUUUUGCAUCAUGUCAAGCUGGAAUAUCUAGUUUUUACACAAAGGAUUUGAUUGUGAUGGGCGCCCCAGGGUCAUCAUAUUGGACUGGCUCUCUUUUUGUCUACAAUAUAACUACAAAUAAAUAUAAGGCUUUUUUAGACAAACACAAUCAAGUAAAAUUUGGAAGUUAUUUAGGCUAUUCCGUUGGAGCUGGUCACUUUCGGAGUCAGCAUUCAACCGAAGUCGUUGGAGGAGCUCCUCAACAUGAACAGAUUGGUAAAGCAUAUAUAUUCAGCAUUGAUGCAAAAGAACUAAAUAUCAUAUAUGAAAUGAAAGGUAAAAAGCUUGGCUCAUAUUUUGGGGCUUCUGUCUGUGCUGUGGACCUCAACGCAGAUGGCUUCUCAGAUCUCCUCGUGGGAGCGCCCAUGCAGAGCACCAUCAGGGAGGAAGGCAGAGUGUUCGUGUACAUCAACUCUGGCUCGGGAGCAGUAAUGAAUGAAAUGGAAACAAAACUCAUUGGAAGUGACAAAUACGCUGCAAGAUUUGGGGAAUCUAUAGUUAAUCUUGGUGACAUUGACAAUGAUGGCUUUGAAGAUGUUGCUAUUGGAGCUCCACAAGAAGAUGACUUACGAGGUGCUAUUUAUAUUUACAAUGGCCGAGUAGAUGGGAUCUCAUCAACUUUCUCACAGAGAAUUGAAGGACUUCAAAUCAGUCAAUCAUUACGUAUGUUUGGGCAGUCUAUAUCAGGACAAAUUGAUGCAGAUAAUAAUGGAUAUGUAGAUGUAGUAGUUGGUGCUUUUCACUCUAAUUCUGCUGUAUUGCUAAGGACAAGGCCUGUGGUGAUUGUUGAUGCUUCUUUAAGCCACCCUGAGUCAGUAAAUAGAACAAAAUAUGACUGUGUUGAAAACGGAUUGCCUUCUGUGUGCAUGGACCUAACGCUUUGUUUCUCAUAUAAGGGCAAAGAAGUUCCAGGUUAUAUUGUUCUGCUUUAUAACAUGAGUUUGGAUGUGAACAGAAAGGCAGAGACUCCAUCAAGAUUUUAUUUUUUUUCUAAUGGAAGUUCUGACAUGGUUACAGGAAACAUGCAAGUAUCAAGCAGAGUGCCUAACUGUAGAACGCAUCAAGCAUUUAUGAGGAAGGAUGUGCGGGACAUCCUCACCCCAAUUCAGAUAGAAGCUGCAUACCACCUUGGGCAUCACGUCUUCAAUAAGCGAAGUACAGAGGAAUUCCCACCACUGCAGCCAAUUCUUCAACAGAAGAAAGAAAAAGACAUGAUUAAGAAAACAAUAAACUUUGCAAGGUUUUGUGCCCAUGAAAAUUGUUCUGCUGAUUUACAGGUUUCUGCAAAGAUUGGAUUUUUGAAGCCACAUGAAAAUAAAACCUACCUUGCUGUUGGGAGUAUGAAAACGUUAAUGUUGAACGUAUCCUUGUUUAAUGCUGGGGAUGAUGCGUAUGGAACGACUCUGCAUGUCAAACUCCCCACGGGUCUUUACUUCACUAAAAUUUUAGACUUGGAAGAGAAACAAGUAAAUUGUGAAGUCACAGACAACUCUGGCAUGGUAAAACUUGACUGCAACAUUGGCUAUAUAUAUGUGGAUCAUCUCUCAAGGAUAGAUUUGAGCUUUCUCCUAGAUGCAAGCUCACUCAGCAGAGCAGAAGAGGACCUCAAUAUCACAGUACAUGCCUCCUGUGAAAAUGAAGGAAAAAUGGACAAUCUAAAACAAAACAGAGUGACCGUAGCAAUACCUCUGAAGUAUGAAGUUGUGCUAACUGCUCAUGGGUUUGUAAACCCAACUUCGUUUGUAUAUGGAUCAAAUGAUGAAAAUGAGGCUGAAACAUGCAUGGAAGAGAAAAUGAACUUCACUUUCCAUGUUAUCAACACUGGGACUAGCAUGGCUCCAAAUGUUAGUGUGGAAAUAAUGGUACCAAAUUCUUUUGUCCCCCAAACCGAUAAGCUGUUCAACAUUUUGGAUGUCCAGACUACUACUGGAAAAUGCCAUUAUGAAAAUUAUCAAAGAGAGUGCACAUUAGGGCAGCAAAAGGGUACAAUGCAGACCUUGAAAGGCAUAUUCCAAUUCUUAUCCAAGACUGAUAAGAGGCUAUUGUACUGCAUGAAAGAUGAUCCACAUUGUUUAAAUUUCUUAUGCAAUUUUGGGAAAAUGGAAAGUGGGAAAGAAGCUAGUGUUCACGUUCAGUUGGAAGGUCGGCCGUCAAUUCUAGAAAUGGAUGAGACUUCAUCACUCAAGUUUGAGAUAAGAGCGACAGCUUUUUCAAAGCCAAAUCCAAAAGUUAUUGAACUAAACAAGGACGAGAAUGUUGCACAUGUUCUACUGGACGGACUACAUCAUCAAAGACCCAAACGUCAUUUCACCAUAGUGAUUAUUUCAAGUAGCUUGUUACUUGGACUUAUUGUACUUUUAUUGAUUUCAUAUGUUAUGUGGAAGGCCGGCUUUUUUAAAAGACAAUACAAAUCUAUCCUACAAGAAGAAAACAGAAGAGACAGUUGGAGUUACAUCAACAGCAAAAGCGAUAAAGAUGAAUAAAUCUUUCAAAUUGAGAGGACACAGACAGACUCAGGUUAUAUAUACUAAAGGAAUUUAAGACACUGUUUACAAGAAAA